AUGAACUCGUCUACAUGGAAGCCACACGGCCUGAUCCGUACUCCACAACUGGAGUAUUACUACCAAGAAGCCAGAGCCCCCGUCGAUCCCAAUGGCAACACCGCCCAAGACAAGGAGGACAAGAGUAUUCGGCUCUUCGCACAGCUCCUGGCCAAAUACAUUUUCCCGGGGAAUGAUUACGCCGUCGUCCCUGGGCCGACACCAUCCACCCAAGCACGAAAGCCCAGUGACUUGGUUGUCGAGCGGUGCACCACCAACAUGGACUUCGAGGUCCUAUGUUUCGUCGAUGCCAAGAAGCCCACCAAUAUUGCCGCGGCUCGGGUCGCCUACCUCGAGCAGCAAGCUCUGAGCCACUGCACGGAGUUCCUCCGUGCAAACCCAACCUACAAGCGCGCCUACGCGUGCACCGUUGUGGGAACCCACAUCCGCUGCUGGAUGGUGAUCCCAGACUGUGGCGGCGGCGUGGAUAUGACGGGCAUGUGGUCGUGGUUUCAACUGGGGACCUUUGAGCACUACAUGGACGUCGGUCUGGACGCCAACAGAGCCAUAUUGGAACGGUCAUUCAACCAGAUGCGGAAUGUUCCCCCAUCUCGGGCGCACUAA